CCAAUAGGCAACUGACAAGGCUUAGCAGGGAAGUAGUGACAGUCAGUAGAGAAGUACAGUAGGAUGGAAAUGUUUAUAAAACUUUUGUAUUCUCUUUUUCUGGUGCUAAUAUGCAAUGGCGUGCCCUCAGUUGGACAGAAGAAAAGGGAGACCCUGCUCUCUGAGAAGGUGAGCCAGAUGAUGGACUGGGCCAGUAAACGUUCUGUCAUUCGGAUGAACGGGGACAAGUUCCGUCGGUUUGUCAAAGCUCCUCCUCGAAACUACUCCGUCAUCAUUAUGUUCACAGCCCUGCAGCCACAGAGGCAGUGUGGAGUCUGCAAGCAGGCCGAUGAAGAGUACCAGGUUCUUGCUAACUCCUGGCGUUACUCCAAUGCCUUCACCAACAAGGUCUUCUUUGCAACAGUGGAUUUUGAUGAAGGUUCCGACGUCUUUCAGAUGCUCAACAUGAACUCCGCUCCGACCUUCAUCAACUUCCCAGCCAAGGGCAAGCCCAAGCGCAGCGACACGUAUGAGCUGCAGGUCCGAGGAUUCGCCGCAGAGCAGCUGGCUCGCUGGGUCGCAGACCGCACCGACGUCCACGUGAGGGUGAUCCGGCCUCCUAACUACGCAGGGCCUCUGAUGCUGGGAUUCCUGCUGGCAGUCAUAGGUGGGCUGGCCUACCUCCGACGCAACAACUUAGAGUUCCUGUUCAACAAGAAUGUCUGGGCCUUCUCUGCUCUGUGCUUUGUUCUGAUCAUGACAUCAGGACAGAUGUGGAACCACAUCCGUGGCCCCCCCUACGCCCACAAGAACCCCAACACCGGACAAGUGAGCUACAUCCAUGGAAGCAGCCAGGCCCAGUUUGUGGCAGAAACCCACAUCGUUCUUCUGUUCAACUCUGCAGUAACCAUGGGGAUGGUGUUGUUGCAUGAAGCCGCUACAUCUGAUCUUGAUAUCGGCAAGAGGAAGAUCAUGUGUGUCGCAGGGAUUGGCCUAGUCAUGCUCUUCUUCAGUUGGCUGCUGUCCAUCUUCAGAGCCAAGUACCAUGGAUACCCCUACAGUUUCCUAAUGAGUUAGGAGACAUCAGCCAAUAGGAGCUGGAGGACAUCGGCCAAUAGGAGCCGGAGGACCUUGGCCAAUAGGAGCUGAAGGAGAACCACCACAGAGGAGUAGUUUGUCCAAUCAGGAAGUGCCUUGAUGUUCAAACAGUCGUGUCUCUCUCACCCCACAAAUUGGUAGCUCCCAGUUUUUUUUGUUGUUUUUUUUGCAUCAUGACAUUAAACCCCUUUUUAUAAACUUGCCAUUUCCACCAGUCGGGUCCAGCCAGUGUGCCUUUAUGAUGUGGUCUGUUGCUCUGUCAGGCAGCGGUGUGGACUCACCACUCACACUCGCUGUUCCAAGCUACUUGGCAGCGGCGUGAAGGCGAGGAGAAGCUUUACUGGACUGUGAUGGGUUCUACCUCGGUAAAUCUCUCCCUCCCCCUGGCCCACCCGCCCUCCCUACCUCCUCCAUCCCUUCACUUCAACUCAGUACACACCCCCCAGUCCCAUGUCACGAAGCUCUGUCGGUGUCCAGAUCAGCACUCACAUGUCAUUGCUAUGAUAGUGUCUGCAGCACCAACAUGCUACCGUUAUCGGGAUGGGAUUUCCUUGUACAUCAGGCCUGUGUCUCAGGUGAUGCGUUCUGUUAUUAAAGUGCCUUAACAACC